AUGGCAGGAAAUCUAAAGAAAGGCGGGGGGCUAAUCGGGAUGAUGAAGGACGCUUUUCAGCCUCAUCACCACCACCUUCAUUCCCAUAAUCAGCCGGGGACCGUGGACAAAAAAACGGUGGAGAAAUGUUGGAAACUUAUGGACAAGGUGGUCCGACUUUGCCAGAACCCAAAGCUGGCGCUGAAGAACAGCCCGCCCUACAUCCUGGACCUGCUGCCAGACACCUACCAGCACCUGCGCACUAUCCUGUCCCGCUACGAGGGCAAGAUGGAGACUCUGGGCGAGAACGAGUACUUCCGCGUCUUCAUGGAGAACCUGACCAAGAAGACCAAGCAGACCAUCAGCCUGUUCAAGGAGGGCAGGGAACGCAUGUACGAGGAGAACACCCAGCCCAGACGUAACCUGACCAAGCUGUCGCUGAUAUUCAGUCACAUGCUGGCCGAGCUGAGGGCCAUCUUCCCCAAUGGCCUGUUUCAGGGCGACAACUUCAGGAUCACCAAGGCUGACGCCGCCGAAUUCUGGAGGAAGUCUUUCACAGACAAGACCAUUGUACCAUGGAAAAUGUUCCGGCAGGCUCUGCACGAAUUUCACCCAAUCAGCUCUGGCCUGGAGGCCAUGGCUCUGAAGUCCACCAUAGACCUCACUUGUAAUGACUACAUCUCCGUGUUUGAGUUCGACAUCUUCACCAGGCUCUUCCAGCCGUGGUCGUCUCUGCUACGUAACUGGAACAGUCUGGCAGUCACACACCCCGGCUACAUGGCCUUCCUCACCUACGACGAGGUGAAGGCUCGUCUGCACAAAUUCAUCCACAAGCCUGGCAGCUACAUCUUCAGGCUGAGCUGCACGCGGCUGGGCCAGUGGGCCAUCGGCUACGUCACCGCCGACGGCAACAUCCUGCAGACCAUCCCCCACAACAAGCCGCUGUUCCAGGCGCUCAUCGACGGCUUCCGGGAGGGAUUCUACCUGUUCCCUGACGGCCGCACCCAGAACCCGGACCUGACCGGCCUGUGCGAGCCCUCCCCUCAGGAUCACAUCAAGGUCACGCAGGAGCAAUACGAGCUGUACUGCGAGAUGGGCUCCACCUUCCAGCUCUGCAAGAUCUGCGCCGAGAACGACAAGGACGUGAAGAUCGAGCCCUGCGGCCACCUCAUGUGCACGUCCUGCCUCACGGCCUGGCAGGAGUCUGAGGGUCAGGGCUGCCCGUUCUGUCGCUGUGAGAUCAAAGGCACGGAGCCCAUCGUGGUGGACCCCUUCAACCCCAAGGACGGCGGCGGCGGCUUCUCCGCAGCCAUGGGCUCGUACGGGUCCGAGUGCGCCCUGUCGCCUAACUACGACGACGACGACGACGACCGCCUGGAGGACCCCCACCUGAUGAUGAGCAAGCUGGCCUGCUCCAAGGUGGAGCGCCCCCCCUCACCCGUCUCCACGACGCCCCAGGCCUCGCUGCCCCCCGUGCCCCCCCGCCUGGACCUGCUGCCGCCGAGGCCGGGCACCUCCUCGGGGGCGUCCAGCCCGGGCUCCACGUCCAAGGCCUCCUCCCACCACAAAGACAAGCCCCUCCCCCUCCCCCCCGGCUUGUGGGACCUCCCGGCCCCUCCCCCCCCGGAACGCCCGCCCCCGGGGGGUCCCGAGGGCCGGCUCCCGAGACGACCCCUCCCCGGCACCCCGGGGGACCCGCCCCGCGACCAUCUGCCCCCGGUGCCCCCGAACCGCAGCGCGGCUGAGUGGGGCUCCCGGCCCGUGCCCAGGGCCCCCGGCGACCUGCGCGGCGCCCGCGAGCUCUCCAACCGCCACUCCCUCCCCCUGGCCCCGCCCCCGGCGCCGGACAGACGCGCCGACGCCCUGAGGCCCAGCAGCUCCCUCGGCCUGGAGCAGCAGCUGAGUUUCGGCGGCAGUGGCCCCGGGAGGGCGGAGUACGACAUCCCCAAAGUGAAGCCCUCGAACUCGGCCAACGCCAUCUACUCCCUGGCAACCAGCCGGCCGUACCCAGCCUUGACUCCGCUGACCGGCGAGGAGGCGGAGAACGACGAGGAGUCGGAGUACAUGAGCCCCUCCUCCCGCCCCGUGCAUCUCGCCCUGGGAGUGAGCGCAGGCCCCGCCCAGCCCAGCGCGCUCAGCUCGCGGGUGCUGUCGAAUGACUUUGAAGGGGAAGUGCCACAGAUGUACGAAGCCAUGUAUAACAUCCAGUCCCAGGCUCAUUCAGUGUCCCUGUCUGCGCAGGCCCAAGACUCAGAUUACUCCGACCUCCCGCCCUCCGCCAGCACCAACGGCCUCCGGGAGCCUGCCAGCGAUGAGGACGACGACGAUGGUUACGACUUCCCCAAACCGCCGGUGCCCGCCAACCUCGCCCGCCGCACCCUGUCCGACAUCAGCGCAACCUCCUCCAACUUCAGCCGCUUCUCCAUGGACAACGAGCCCAUCUCAGGAGCCUACUUCUCUGAGUCAGGCCACGCCCCCGAGCGCCCGCCCAAACCCCUGCCUCGCAGGAUCAACUCGGAGCGGCGGCCGAGCCCUGUGCCCCCGGCGUGUGGAGGCGGGGCCGGGGGCGGAGCCAGCCCCCAGAUGGCCGACGAGAUCGAGCACCUCAUGAGCCAGGGCUACUCCUACCAGGACAUCCAGAAGGCCCUGAUGAUCGCGCAGAACAACGUGGAGAUGGCCAAGAACAUCCUGCGCGAGUUCGUCUCCGUCCCUUCGGCAGCUCACAUCCUCACAUAGCACCGCCCCUCCAGGCUGCUGAUUGGCUGUCUCCUGCAGCUCUCGCAACCUCAUUGGUUGGUCUGUAACUGAGUGUGCCUACUGAGUGUUAAUGUACUGAAGAUUACAUCAGCACCAUUUAAAUCACACACACACACACACACACACGCAGGGUCAGUCAGACAGAAGCAGAUUCUUAUAAUAUCCUCGUGACUUACCACUCCUACCUAAAGUUUUAUAUUAAUAUGUAUACACACAUGCAGACCCACACUCAUAUGUAUGUACACAGUUUAAAUGUAUGGCUAAAGCCCCCGCUCAAAUGCUGCAUUAAUGAUAUAAAGGUGCGGUUUGGUGUUGUGACAGCGCCCCUCGCAGCCCCUCGGCAGGGGUCUGUCUGUGAUGAGGGACGUUUUGGACAGGGCGUGUCCCGCGGCAGGCUCUGUGAUGGGCAGUUCUGGGACUCCCCUUGCUCCAUUCCUCCCGAGCUGAACCCCAUGUCUGGAGCCUGACCUUUCUUCUGUGUUCCUCUCCUACUGAUUUAGACGGUAGGCUCCUGCGGUGCCGUGCGGCGCUCGGUCUUUGAGGCUUUCUCUAGGACGCUUGGGGCCGUUUAAAGUCACUGCUGUUGUCCAUGUUUAGCUUUGGAAGCGGUGCAGCGUUUGGCUGUGAGAGUGUGGUACGACUGUGAGGUACUGGGGUUCUGUCAUUACUUUCAUUCAGGGCAAAUUGUGGUAGUGGAUGUGAUGUGGCUUCAGAUGAAAUCCGCACCCCGUUGCUAAACGUGCGUUUGUUGCUUGGUAGGGAGCGUGUGUGUUUAAUCUGUACCGGCACCUUCCCCAGAGGCGGGGGCGGGGCCGCUGCACGUAGAAGCGGGCGUGGGAAGCGACUACCGUCUCUGCGAUUGGCUCGCGGUCCUGUCCCUCAUCCUUCACUGAUGAAUGUGUACUUUUUUUAAGAAAAACGCAGUGUGGUGGCUUUUUUUUUUAUAUACAGUAUUUCUGAGCUGUAGUAGUUCCCUCUCUCCCCGUGUGGGGUGCAGAGAGGCUGCUAAUAUCAGAUGGUGUGGAAAUGGCAGAACUAAUAUAUUAACAAACCCCCACCUGCGCUGUCACCUGCGGUUCGGAGACGGCACAGGUGUGCAAGACGCCUUGAAACGUGUUCAGCGCUAGUCCUGUCCUUUAACUUUAACCCUUUACUAACGUUUUAUUUGAGCUCUGUUACUAUUAAUAAAUCAGAAGUGCUUUACUGCUGCUGCUAUGGUUAGUGCUAAACAAAUAAGCCUUAAAUGUACAUUUGUGAAUAAACUGGUGUAAUUAUUGCUUUUUUAAAGUGACAGUAUCUCUUGUUUUUCUUUUUUUUCCCCAUAGCAUACUUGAAGAAAUGUUAAGAGCAUGUGAAUCUAUUUUGUGCCCGAGUCGAUAGAUUAUCAUUUUUUUCCUACCUGCAUAUUUAUAUGUACUGAGGAGUGCUGCAUUGGACUGAAAGGGUCCACUUUCUGAUCAUCUUUUACUUAUUACUUACUGCAGCAAAAAAUAGAUGAAUUAGUAAGAAAGGAAUGAGAAAAGAUUAAUAAAAAUAAAUACAGAUUUUGGUCAUUAGGUAGAAAGCAGCGCGGAUGUAGGCACUACCUCAUAGACUCUCUUUGACUUGUUUUGCUGUGGAGGAGAACAGAAGCACUGAUGUUUCCUACAUUAAGCUUUUUCCAGCUGUCACGGUAACCAUGAAAUGCCUUAGGAUGCCCACAUUCCUUUUCAGCCAGGUCUCCGCCCCUUUCUCCUGGUCCCUUCACCUCGUCCCAGUGCUCUUCAUUAGCUUUGUGUUCGAACCGGUUUCAGUCUGCCGAAAGAUCUCAGCCUGAGCACUUCUUAAAUGUCGCUGCUCAACAUCUGCGCGGCCAUGUUUGGAAACUGACUAAAGAGUGAAUGGAAGUGUCCAUUUUAGUGAAGUGAUACCAGACUAGUUGAGAACCAGUACCUUCCUGCAAAGAAAAAUGUAGCACAUCCACUUACAAUUACGUACAAUAUGAAAUUUGUGAUACAAGAAAUGUAUAUUUUGAAUGUGUCAAUAAAUAGCAUGUUUCUAAGGCACUUUCAAAUAUGUAGUUUGUAUCCGAAUGUGGAAAAAUAGUUUCCUAAUGUAUGAUUUCUCUAUCCGAAUAUUAUGUUUUAUCCAUAAGGGUACUCUGUGUUAAUCACAACAGUUCAUUGGGAAUCAGAAACACUCUUGCAUGCAAAUUACUAAGCCGUCAAUCAUUGGUGUUUUCAAUGUUUUUUGUUUUCAAUGGUGUGGUUUUGAUUAUUUUAGAGAACAAGCACACUUAAUUAACAAAAGCAUCUGCUUAGUUCUCUCUCUUCUCAGGAGAAUAAAAUACCAGUUAAAGUGGCUAUUUGCAGCAAUUCUUCCUCAAAAACUGGUGAAAAUUGUUAACCCAAUCAGGACAACAGUUUUGGAUGAUCAGGAAAAAAACAUUUCUUCUUCUUUUUCUUCCCUUUUCCUGUUCUUUAAAAUGGGCUAAUUUUAACUCAUUUCCUCCUCACAACCCUCGAGAUUUAGUCUAAGGCCAUUUUCAAUCACUGGAAAAUUUUGAUCAGUGGUUAUUUAUAGUAGGUGUGCAGGCUAGACUAAGCCCUGACCUUUUGCUGUGUUCAGACCAAAAGGCUCUUUCAGAUUUUACAGAACUGUAUCACUUUCUUGCCGUCUGUCUCUUUCGCCUUAUGUGUAUUUCAGAUAAAAAUUUAAUAGGACAUUUUAUUUGACUGCAUGUGACUGGGGGAGGGCGCCUUAGAAAGUUGCCAAUGAUUACUCCUCUUCACUGUGCUAAUUAAUGUAAAUAAAAUUUCCGGUUGUGUGUGCCUGUGUGCUUGUGUGUGUGUGUGUACAGUAUAUGAAAAUGUGCAAAGAUACUGUCACUUUAAAACCGUGUGAUAAGUAAACGUACUGAUAAGUGAAAUGAUACAAUGGAAAUGUCAGUUUUUUUGCUUUUCAAGUUAAUGUCAGAAUUUUAUUUUUUACCAACGUUUGCAUUUUUUAUCUAAAUAAUACUGUGAGCAGUGCCAUGAUUUUGUUUAAAAAUAUUUAAGGGCAUCCUUCCUGAAGCAUAGGACAAUGCUUUUUGUUUCUGUGGAAAGUGUGUGAUAAUUGCUUAAUGCUCAAAAUCCUCCCACAUCUUCAAACGUUGCAUACUUACCAGCUGCGCUCUAGUAUAGUAUAUGCCUUAUGUACGCCAUUCUGUUGGGGAACUAAGAUGGCGGUGCGGUCUCACCCACAGAUCAUGUGGUUUGUCACCAUAGUACUUAAUCGCACCCCAAAAUGCAAAUGCUUGACAUUUUUGACUGGUUUCUGACAACCUUAUGAGGAAGAAUCCUAUAUUCUCCUCCCUAAUUUAUUCUUUUGUAGAAAUUAAGUGCAAAUCUGUCAUACAGCUCAAACAGGAAUAUAUAUAUAUAUAUAUAUAUAUAUAUAUGAAUAUAUACAUAUAUACAUAUACAUACAUACAUACAUUCGACCACAAGAGGGAGAUCCUUCCAAAUGUUGCCAGGUGAAUGGCAGCAUUAAGUGCAAAUUUUGUUAUUCAUAAUUCAUAUCAGACCAGUGUGGGAAAACCGAAAUUAAAGUCCUGACGAAUUAGCAGUUUUAAAAUCUGAAUUAAAAGCAUUCAUGACAGAUAAAUACUGUAGAUUCCUGUUCGUUUUUACGGCUGUCGCUCUAAGAGUGUGAAUGCACAUAAACUAGUUGUUUGUGCUCAUGCUGUAGCCCAGUUGCAUAUUAGCCUUAAUGGCAAAUUUAAGGAAGUUCGUCUUGCUCAAUUUUCAAUGUUUUCAAAUAAGGCGGAACUAAGUAGCAAAAAAAAGAACACUUCCUUAAAUGUGGCAUUCAAAGUCAAGGUCAAAUUUCGAAGUGGGUGAACUGAGAUCUGUGGGAAAUGUAUAACUAUGACAUGGGGAUGACAAAAAUAAUUAAACUAAUUAAAAGGAACAGGUGGUAGUGCCAAGCAGUGGAGCAGAGAUUUCUCUUCCUGUCAUUUCCAGCCUACGAUGAAAGUAUUUUAUUUUAUUUAAUGGAAUUGUAUUGCAAUGUUUAUUUUGAAGUUACCUUAUCUGUCAUUAGGCCCAUACAAUCUGGCUUUUCUUGCAUUUUCGAACUGCUUGAAACAAAGAAAGAAUAAUUAGGCUGUCACUGAAUCUGUGCUUUAGUAUACAAAUAAUAUAUACCCUGUAGGCCUUGUAGUCUUGUCAUUUUAUAACCAGAUCCUGUUCCGGCAGACAGGUGUAUAAAGGUCGUAUUUUCUUGAUCCCAUUUCUGGCAGUAGUGGGAAGGCAUAGCUCACUAUGGGCCAGCACACUGCGUACUGUAAGGGAGUCGGUAUCGCCUGGUUACGAGCACUCUUGUGGUCUCUGGUCUCAUUAUACCAGCUCAGGAAGGUGCCAUUGGGAUGGAUUCCCUUUGCUUUGCCUGAGUUAAAAAAAAAAAAUUAAAAAAAAACUUGAAUUCACCUAUGAUGGCCAUUGUCAAGUAGUGCCAUAAUUUCCUUUUAUUUAUUUAAAGUAAAAAGAGUUAUUUUUCUCUCUAAUUUAGUGUGUGGAGCACCCACCGCCACACCCGCUCCCUCUUAUUGGAUUGGUCUUAGAGAGGUGUGGCCAUGUGGGCGUGGUUUCGGAAGGGUGUCACCUGGACAGGUUAGGAUGCUAAGUUUUCCCCGGUACAGACUGGAUUAGACUCUUGUCAGUUCAUACCCAUAUUUUUUCUUUCUUUCUUUCUUUCUUUCUUUCUUUUGUACAUGUUCGAUUUCAGUGUGAAUCCGAUGCAAUGAAGUUGACUGGCAGCUUUAUGUAGAGAGAUAUGGAUUUGAAGCUGUGCGUGUAACUAAAAUGGUAUCAGUUCAUACAGUUGUUGUAGCCAAACAGACUGCAGGGACAACUUUGACUCAAGGAAAAGGAUUGGAGCUUUUUUAAUGUAGGCAGUGUUUUACAGUUAUUACAAUUAUUACUAUAAUUACUAUUGUGCUUAAAGUGAAAUUAAUAUCAGUUCUUAUAUCAGUGUUAUAAUCUUUGGAUGUUUAUCCUACGAUGUCCUUGAAUAUAAAAUAAAAUGUGUGAAUUAUUAAAAAUAUGUGGAUACCUUUAACUUUUUUUAAUCUUACUGCUGCCUGUACAAAGCAGAAAGCGAACUGAAAUAUGAAGUAUAUGAAACCAUUUCCCUUUUCAUAAAGAGUAGCACAAUUUAUUUUUCUUACAUAUUUUUCAUUAUAUUCAUGUCUAGAAAUAACUAAUGUUAUUUAUUAAUUUUUUUAUGCUGUACUCCAAUCCGAGAUGCUUAUUGUUGGUUUUGUUUCUGGAAUUUGCAUCUGCCAUUAAAGAGUUUUUGAAUACUU